AUGUCAAAGUUCACUCGCCGAAAACGCUAUGCCAAAACGGAUACUUGGUUGCGAGUGUUUUCCCUUGUGCUUUGCUUAACACUACACACCUGCAACAUAAGCGCUCUGGCGCAUCCGAGCCCAGCACAGGAGCACGACAUGCUGAUAUUGGACGCCUUGUCGAGACGCAGCAGCAGCGGUGGCGGUUACUAUAGCGAGGGUUCAGUCAUGGAAAUGCUGUCGAGAAUGAUUCCGCAGACUUGCCGCUUUCGUGGACACAAAUUCGAGUGCGGUCUUUCCAUUUCGUGUGUACUGGGCGGUGGUAAACCGCUUGACCUCUGUUCGGGCGGCAUGAUUUGGUCGUGCUGUGUGGAUAAAGACCUCGAUGCCGAGGACACGCAUGCGGGUCAAGUGAAUAACACAAGUGACAUCAUACACUUGCACGACAUCUACCCCGAUCUAGCGACGGCCCAUAACACGCACCCGCUGCAUGGUGGCAGCAGCAGCAGCAGUUCGCCACUCACACACGCACACCAUCUACACAACAGUCAUGGUGCGACACAAAGCAGCAGCGCACAUUCAAUAAACAUAGCGUCACGCCCACCACUCCAUACUUACCCCACCGCUAUCAACAAUCAUCAGUACCAAGUCACGCAGUCAGCGUAUGCCACAAAACGACCCUAUAAGCCACACAUCUAUCGUCCAGGACCGGCAGGUGGUGGCGGCGGCGGCGGCGCUAUUGCAUCAUCGAGCAGCUGGGAGCAUGAAACAAAUCAUCUUGGCCUGGGCGCUUCGCCAUCUGGCAUCACCAAUCAUUUGGACACUUUCUUCGAUGUGGAACGACCACCUGUGCAUUCGGCCGAGCUUGGACCGCAUGAGUUGUUGCCACAUCCCCAGCCGUAUGCGGUGGGCAAUGUGUUGGACUUGAAUGCGGGCGAAGCGGCGGAAGACUACAAUAGCGGCGGUGGCGGCGGCAUUUAUCCAGAUGGAAGCACCUAUCGACCAGUGCCGGGCUGUGGCGAAGUGUACGCGCGUUCCAAUCGCAUAGUGGGCGGACAUUCGACGGGCUUUGGUUCACAUCCCUGGCAGGUGGCGCUGAUCAAAAGUGGCUUUCUCUCGCGCAAGCUUAGCUGUGGUGGUGCGCUUAUCUCAAAUCGCUGGGUGGUCACGGCGGCGCAUUGUGUAGCCACCACCGCCAACUCGAACAUGAAAAUCCGUCUGGGCGAAUGGGAUGUGCGUGGCCAAGAAGAGCGACUCAAUCAUGAGGAGUACGGCAUCGAGCGCAAGGAAGUACAUCCACAUUACAAUCCAGCAGACUUCAAAAACGACUUGGCACUAAUCAGACUUGAUCGAAAUGUUGUCUACAAACAGCACAUCAUACCUGUAUGUCUGCCACCACCGGCCACCAAGUUGGUGGGCAAAAUGGCCACAGUGGCUGGUUGGGGACGCACGCGGCAUGGCCAAAGCACUGUGCCCUCCGUGCUGCAGGAAGUGGACGUUGAGGUGCUUUCGAAUGAUCGUUGUCAACGUUGGUUUCGCGCGGCGGGUCGCCGUGAAUCGAUACACGAUGUCUUUCUUUGUGCCGGCUACAAGGAAGGUGGACGUGACUCAUGCCAAGGUGACUCAGGUGGUCCGCUAACCUUAACAUUGGAUGGCCGAAAGACGCUAAUCGGUUUGGUGUCUUGGGGUAUUGGCUGUGGCCGCGAACAUCUUCCGGGUGUUUACACGAAUAUACAGAAAUUUGUGCCGUGGAUCAACAAAGUGAUGGCCAACGACAAUGCGUAG